AUGGCGCCUGCAGGAGACAGUCUCGCCGAGCCCAUCACCGUGGCCGGUCUCCGAGCUGAAGUCCUUGACGAGAAGCGAGCUUCUAUCUCUGCCGAGAAGAGGGCCUCUAUCGCCACCGACCCUCGUCCAGCCACUGCAGAUGCGGGAGCUGUUACCCCCGCUGGUGGUGUCACACCAGAUGGUCAGUUUCCGACUGCUGAGGAACUAGACACUUUGCGCCGAGUCCCAAAUAAGAUUCCUAUGAAGCUAUUCAGUAUCGCCUUUAUCGAGCUGUGUGAACGUUUCUCAUACUAUGGCUGUACCGUUGUGUUCAUAUUAACCCAUCAAGUCACCAAUUUCAUUCAGCAGAAGCUCCCCGAAGGCUCUACCACGGGUGCUGACCCGGAACAGCCUGGUGCUCUCGGCAUGGGUCAGCGCGCCUCGACCGGAAUCACCACCUUCAACCAGUUCUGGCAAUAUUUUAUGCCCCUUCUCGGUGCCUAUAUUGCUGAUCAGUACUGGGGUCGCUAUAAAACCAUCAGCUGGGCUCUCGGGAUCGAUAUCAUCGGUCAUAUCAUCCUGAUUAUGUCUGCCAUCCCCCCCGUUAUCGGCAAUCAAGGUGGUGCCCUUGGCGCCAUGAUCAUUGCUAUCAUUGUCAUUGGUUUCGGUACUGGUGGAUUCAAACCUAACGUCAAUCCUCUCAUCGUUGAGCAGCUUGGUGAGCAGUACAUGCAUGUUAAGACUCUCAAGUCUGGUGAACGCGUUAUCGUCGACCCUGCUGUGACGAUCGAAAGGGUGUAUCUUUGGUUUUACUUCUGUAUCAACGUAGGGGCUUUGGUAGGGCAAGUGACGAUGGUGUUUGCGGAGAAGGAAGUUGGCUUUUGGCUAUCUUAUACACUGCCAACGUUCAUGCUCUGUCUGUGUCCGCUCGUAAUGUGGUUGAACCGCCACAAGUAUGAGCGAAGGCCUCCUGGCGGCUCCGUCCUGGGACAGGCACUUAAGACUUGGUUCCUCGCCCAGAAGGGUUGCUGGAGCAUCAAUCCAGUUGCUACAUGGAAGAAUCUUCAUAAAGAUGACUUUUGGGAGAAAGUAAAGCCCUCAAACUUCAGCCACGAGACCCGUCCUAAAUGGAUGACCUUUGACGACGCCUGGGUCGACGAGCUCAGCCGAGGAUUCAAUGCAUGCGCUGUCUUCUGCUGGUACCCAAUUUUCUGGCUCUGCUAUAAUCAGAUCAACAAUAACCUCAUCUCCCAGGCGGCCGUGAUGCAGCGCCAUGGCGUUCCCAACGACAUUCUUUCGAAUCUCAAUCCUUUCGCUCUCCUGAUCUUCAUUCCGCUUAAUGAUUUCUUCAUUUACCCUGCCCUCAGAAAAGCUGGUUUCCGCUUCACCCCUAUCAAGAAGAUCACGGCCGGUUUCUUCACCGGAGCUGCUGCCAUGAUCUGGGCUGCAGUUGUCCAGCACUACAUCUACCAGAAGUCCGAGUGCGCCGUGGAAAUCAAUGUUUGGGCUCAAACCGGUAGCUAUGUUCUCAUUGCUCUCUCUGAAGUGUUUGCUUCUAUUACUUCUCUUGAGUAUGCCUUCUCGAAGGCACCCAAGAACAUGCGUUCCAUGGUUCAGGCUGUUGCGCUUUUCAUGACAGCUUUCUCAGCUGCCCUUGGACAGGCUCUCGUUGGUCUUGCAGCCGAUCCUCUUCUUGUUUGGAACUAUGGUGUCGUUGCUAUCCUCGCCGUCAUUGCCGGGACGUGCUUUUAUGUUCAAUUCCGCGACCUCGACGUUCACGAAGAUGAUCUCAACGCUCUCCCUGAGGGUCACGCUGGUGCAACUGCUGAUGAGGAGGCACCGUUGGGAACAAAGGAGGCUAAUUAA